GCGCAGAAUCAAAACGAUGGCUCAAAGGAUCAAAACAAAGCCAAAGCCAAACUAUGAUCGGAAAGCAAAGCACCCGGACUAUGUCCAAUUUCGGUGCAAUGCCUAUGCUUUCAACAGCAUCAUUAGAGACAUAAAGGACAAGCUCAAUGAAAGGCAGAAGAAGCUUCUCAAGAAAACCCCUUUCUGGAACUUGAUCGAGCUGUUUUACCGCCAGAGAAUUGACAUGAAUAACAUGAAUAAGUCGGACAUUGACUUAGCACAGCUGCUCAAGACAUUUGAUCCGGAUACAAAGUCCUUCAAAUUUGGAACCAAAUCAUUCCAAAUCACAAGCAAUGCAGUGACUCAGAUUCUAGGACUGCCAAAUGAAGGCAAAUCUGUCAAACUUGUCAAUGAUAGGUACACUGCUACCUUCAGAACAAGGCACUUUGGAGAAAAGGGAAAACCUUCAAAAAACCAGGUAGAAGCAGAAUUACAAAAGACAAUUGCCUUGGCAAACCAACCGAAGAAAGAAAAGGCAAAGACAGAGCAAAAGAAAAAAACGAACAAAGGAAAAGAAAAGAAAGAAGCUGAAGAAGAAGAAGAAGAAGAAGAAGUUGAUUACGACAAGGAAGUGGUCAGCCUAAUAUUGAUUCUGCUGUGCAUGACAUUCCUUUUUGCCAACUCUUCAUCUACUUUGCAUUGGAAAUUAUUUGAGCACUGCGUGAAUCUAGACACACUUUCAAGCUAUUCGUGGGCAAGAGCUGUUUCAGACUACAUGAAUGAAUCCUUGACCGCAAAAGCAAAAGCAAAAGCAAAGAAGGGAGGAGAAGCCUCUAUAGGAGCUGUUUCGGGUUGCACUAUCCUAAUAUUGUUUCUACUGUGUGAGAGGACAAACAUCAUACAACCAAUCCUUGGCAAGGAGAAAGAAACUCCUGCCAUUCUUAAAUGGAGUCUUGUGGAACUCCACACAAGAUUCAACCAAAUAAAGGACUUGAAUGACAUCGAGGUAUGCAAUUUAUCGCAUGUUCUGUUUUAAUGUAUCUUGAAUGUGAAUCCAUGCUAAAUC